GGCUCAGAACUUUUGUGUAAACUGUUCAAAGUACUACUGCGCUCUCGGUGUGAGUCCAAACAUGGCGGCCUGUUUAAGAGGCACAAAGUGCUUGAUCGGAAGGACGUGAAGAAAUGGGUGGUGCCUGGGACGGUCGUGGACGAUCUGGAAAGAUGCGAGUACCAUCCCGGGAAAAAGGUGGAACUGUUCUGCGGAGACCACCAAAAGCUAUGUUGUCAUAUAUGCGUCUCCGUUGUUCACAGACAAUGUUCGGUGAUACAACAUAUACCAGACGUAGCAAGAGGUAUUGAUGACAAACCAAAAUUCAAACGGCUUCCACAACAAAUCGCCGACAUCCAAUCACAAAUCAAGAAGCUACAGGGGUCCCGCGAGGAAAAUCAACAAUGCAUACGGGACUCCCGUGCACAAAUCCUAUUCGAGAUCAGAGCUUUGCGAAGAAAGAUCGACAAAACCCUUGAUCAAUUGGAGCAAAACACAAUCAAAGAGUUGGACGUUAUGGUAGCAACAUUUGAGGAGCAAAUGAAGAAAGACAUUGAACAGUCAGCACAGUUGAGCAAGGACAUAAAAUCACUUGCAGAUAGCAUGGCGAAGACUAAGACGAACAAUUCCUUGGCCUAUAUUGGAUAUUUUCGAUGCCAGAAAUUAAUUACAGAAACCAAAGCUAUUCUCGAAGACAACACAAGCAAACAAGAAGUAGAGUUGGCGUUUGUGCAAAGUACUGGGCUAAACGACCUUAUUGAUUCUUUAAUGUCUUUGGAACGGUUUGGAGAUAUUACUAAUAUGUCUCAUGUUUUCAAGGUUGAGAAUGUGAAACAAUUCAAUGCGGCACUAAAAACUGACAAAGAAAUUUCAACUAUAACUGGAAUAUGUGAACUAAUAAGUGGAGAGCUCGUCCUCGUCGACAAUUACAAUUGCCGUUUAAAGCUCCUGAACCAGUCCUACCAGGUCGUCGAUCACUGUGACGUUCCAACUCAUCCACGAGAUGCAUGCCAUAUUGCGGGUAAUGAGCUAGCGGUUGCUGUCAACUGUAAUGAUGAGAAUAGACAUGAAGUUCGAUUCUUCAACGUUAAGGAUUCAGAGCUACAACAGACAAGAAAGUUAACGUUCAGUCACAUAGUAUCCAAAAUAGCUCAUCAUUCAGGGCGUCUGUAUAUCACAUCUGACACUGCGCUUUACUCUUACGACAAGGCAGGUAAUGACCGGAGAAAGUUGUUUGAGGACGAGUCGGAUGCAUACACCGUUUACGAUUGUGCUGUAAGCUCUGAUGGCAGUAAAAUUUACAUAGCAAAUUACUCCAACGACCAACUUCUUACCUUGGAUAGGGCAGGAAAUAAACUAGCAACGAUCAGCGAUCCCGAUAUGAAAGGUCAACGCGAAAUACACGUGUCACCUCUAGGUCACGUUUUUGUCUGCUCGUAUAGCUCAAACACCGUACUUCAAGUGGACAGGGAAGGAAAGAGGAAGCUGGCUACACUGGCUACACAGGCUGAUGGAUUGGUGAAACCACAAUCACUGUGUUACAGAAGCCCUAUAUCAAGUCUUGUUGUAGGACAAGCUGAAAAUAACAACAUUGUUGUGUUGAAGGUCUCAAAAGGCGGACUUAACUCUGAGGCUCAGUACUUUUGUGUAGACUGUUCAAAGUACUACUGCUCGCGGUGCGAGUCCAAACAUUGCGGUCUGUUUAAGCGGCACAAAUUACUCGACCGGCAGGACGUAAACAAAUGGGCGGUGGUGCCUGGGACAGUCGAGGACGAUAUUGAAAGAUGCGAGCACCAUCCCGGGAAAAAAGUGGAGCUAUUCUGCGGGGACCACCGAGAGCUGUGUUGCCAAAUAUGCGUCUCCGUUGUUCACAGACAAUGUUCGGUGAUACAACAUAUACCAGACGUAGCGAAUGGUUUUUAUGACAAACCAGAAUUCAAACGGCUUUCACAACAAAUCGCAGACAUCCAAUCAAAAAUCAAGAAGCUGCGAGAGUCCCGCAAGAAAACGCAACAAUGCAUACGGGACUCCCGUGCACACAUCCUUUCAGAGAUCAGAGCUUUGCGAAGAAUGUUCGACCAAGUUCUUGAUCAAUUGGAGGAAGACACAAUCAAUGAGUUAGACGUUAGGGUAGCAACAUUUCAGGAGCAAAUAAAGAAAGACAUUGAUCUGUCCGAACAGAUGAACAAAGACAUUAAAUCUCUUGCAGAUAACAUGAGGAAGAAUAAAACAAACGAUUCCUUGGUCUGCGUAGGAUAUUCAAGAUGCCAGAAAUUAGUUACACAAACUAAUGAUUUCAUCAGAGAUACCGCAACCAAACACGAAGUGGAGUUGGCGUUUGUGCUUAAUACAAAGCUGUAUGACCUUCUUGAUUCUUUAAUGUCUGUGGAACGGUUUGGAAAAAUAAUUAAUACAUCCCAUGUUUUCAAAGUUGAAAAUGCGACACAAUUCAAUGCAGCACUUAGAAUUGACAAAGAAAACCCAUUCAUAAGUGGAAUAUGUGAGCUACUAAGUGGAGAGCUCGUUCUCGUUGACAAUUACAAUAGCCGUAUAAAGCUCCUAAACCGUUCCUAUCAGAUUGUCGAUCACUGCGACGUUCCAACUCAUCCACUAGAUGUAUGUCACAUUGCGGGCAAUGAGCUGGCGGUUUCCGUCAACUCUGAUAAAAAGAACAGACAUGAAGUUCGCUUCUUCAACGUUAUGAAUUUGAAGUUACAACAGACAAGAAAGUUAACGUUCAAUCAUACAAUACGACAAAUAGUUCAUUAUUCAGGGCGUCUGUUUAUCACAUCUGACACUGCACUUUACACUUACGACAAGGUUGGCCAAAAUGGGGGAACGCUGUUUGAGGACAAAGCGGAUAAGCUCAGUGUUUACACUUGUGCUGUAAGCUCUGAUGGCAGUAAAAUCUACGUCGCAAAUGUCUCCAAAGACCAACUUCUUACCUUGGAUAGAGAAGGAAAUAAACUAGCAACGCUCAGCGAUCCCGAUAUGAAAGGUCCACGCGCAAUACACGUGUCACCUCUAGGUCACGUUUUUGUCUGCUCUUAUAUCUCAAACACCGUACUACAAGUGGACAGGGAAGGAAAGAGGAAGCUGGCUACACUGGCUACACAGGCUGAUGGAUUGGUGAAACCACAAUCACUGUGUUACAGAAGCCAUACAUCAAGUCUUGUUGUAGGACAAGAUGAAAAUAACAACAUUGUUGUGUUGAAGGUGAAAUAAUGAAUUAUAAAAACGCUCAUCAGAAGACUUGUACACUCGAUAAAAAGCCUACUUCUUUAAAAAUUAGAUUUUGCGUGAAUGUGAGAACUUGUUAAUAAUAAUGUAUGUUAGUUUAUAUUAAGAAUGUAUGAG